AUCAGUACGAAAUCAGCAGUGGAUCUUAUCAGAGCAAGCGGGACUCAAUGCAAGUCAACAUUUUAAAUGGUGUAAACUACUUUCCACUACCCUAUCUCCUAUUCUCCUUAAUCUUUGAGAAUUAUUUGUAUUUUGCUGCUUCCUUACGAAAAAAUGUCAGAAAUAGUUAGAAAUGAUGUCAGCACCGAAUCACUUUGCACCGUAAUAGAAAAUUUCCGCGAAAACAGUAGCACCAACCCUAAACAGAACCUCAGUAGUAGCAUCAUCCAAAGUUCUGAUGAUCAAAAUAAUGAUUCAGAAAGCCCAUAUGUUCCUUCCAAAGAAAAUAGUAUUAAUUUAGCCAACAGUCUUGAAGUGAAAAAAUCAAGUAAAUACGACUGUGACCUGUCGGACAAAUCUCUAUAUGAUACCUGUGAUACUUCCCAAGAUGAAUCGAAUGUUUCAAGAUCAGAAUUGGUUAAGCCAAUCACAAAACUAAAAAAAUCAGUUUCUUUCGAUCCACAAGACGAAAAAGUACGCAAAUUCAUUGCCGGCGAACCCAUUGUUGAUCAGAAGAAUCCAUUUAAACAGCAUUAUUCUACUUGGGGGAACUCUGCUAAGAAGAAGAAAACACCGCCUCCGGUUCCAACCAAACGAUCGACAUUAAGUGUACGAAAAACUGUUACCCAACAACUACGGGAAAGAGAGCGUGAAAAAGAAAAAGAAAGAGAACGACUAAAAAACGAAACGAAUAAUCGAAAGUCAAGCACUGGCGUCAAUCCAGCCUUGCCAUCUCCCGACGAAUUUGUCACUACUGAAGAAGUCCUCAACCAAUCAAAAUAUGUCAAAACAUACAUAAAAAAUCCCGAUCCAUAUUUCGUUUAUGAUCCUACAAUACUUGCUCGCCUUAAAUUCGAGGAGUUACGUGAUCUUGCGGACAAGAAACCCCCCAAAAAACUACGUUUGUCGAAUCAAACCAGGGAUCGAAUCAAAGAUUUAAAAAACAAGCCGUCAGCAGAAACAUCACUUUCAUAUUCAAAACUUCCAUUUAAGAAAUGUUCAAAGCCAAAUUACCCGGAUCUCUCUGAUAUCAAGAUAAAAGUCGGCACCGACUUAGAUGGUAAUUUCUUUAACCCAGCCGAAGUUUCUAAAAACGCAAAAAAGUUUGAUGACAGAGUGAAAAAACUCCACAUAAGCUCUGACGAUGAUUUGGAUGAGAUAGAUUGUCCCUUAACUAAAAGCGAAUCAAGUGACGAAGUGACCCCCAACUUAGUUAAUAAAGAAAUAAGUAGUAAAGCCGGAGGCAAAGAGGCCAACGCUAAAAUUAUGAAUAAUGAAAAUAAAGUUGAGCAGCCAGUUGAAGGCACAUUUACCAAUACAAUUAAAUCAAAAGAAUUCCAGGAUUACCUUGAGAAAAAAGGUCUUACUUUGAUACCUAAAAAAAUUCCAAAUGGCGCACGAUCCGUGUACGCAAAUGGCAUAGAAGUAGCUAAAUCAAAUCCUCGUAUAUCUUUUAAAAGUCCCGAAAGUGUACAGAUCUCAGUAGAUACUACAGAUUCUGCGCGGAAUAUUAAAAAACCCUCAGUAUUUCAACGCCUACUCUCGAAUAGCAUAUUUGCUACCAGGCGUAAAACAACUCCCAAAUAUAUCGUUCCUGCUCCCAGGUCACUAUACAACUAUAAUAUGCAUGUCAAAGAAAAUAAUGAUAAUUUGCAUUCGUCCAUGAAGCGAGUGGUUCUAGAGAGACAAAGCUUUCACGGACGACCGCAUGUGAAUAAUUUGUUAAGUUCUGCAGAAACCGAUUAUCUGAAGCACCAAGACGAACGUUCACGGAAGAGUUUCGCAAGCGGUGAUAACCUUUCAGUCUCAUUAUCUAGUGUCUUGACCAACGCUGAACUCGCAAAUUCCGCUGAACGAAUCUUAAAGCCCACAAGAACACAUUCCCGUGAGAAACUGGGCAAUCCUCAACAAGCGAAACAAUCACAGCAAAAUAACAUCAUAUUAAAACCAAAAGCACAGCGAAUCCAGGCAUCAAAUAGUGCAACACAUCUCUCAGCAAAGGAGGUUGAUGUUGGAUCAGAUGGAACGCUUAAACGAAGUGCUGCUGAACGCCAGAGUCUCAUACCGAAACGAACUACCCACACAUUGGACCGAAGACAGGUCUUCGGUCGCUCCGCUUCUAUGGACCGUAACGAAAUAUUAAAAAAGAAGCUCCUGCGAGAGCUUCAAAACCGCUCAAAAAGUGACAACGAAGCGUCGAAAAUAUCAACACCCCUAACAUCCAAGGAAAAUAUACGUGAACAAUUUUCUACGUCAAAUGGACCCAAGUUGACUUCAACUCCUAUCAGGAAUGCAAAUAGUGAUCCUGAAAAUAAAAAUUUUGUUCAAAACGUGAAGCCCUCAAAUAAAGUAUAUGUCGACCAACAAGAAUGGGAACGAUUGAAGGCAAUGAAGGAGCGCAUGGAUAAAGAGUUAUACUUCCGAAUGUUACAAGAACAAAAACAACAGCGGGAUGCAGAAAAUAUUUACGAACGUCUCCAACCGACCCAACAAAUAUUUAUGGCCCAAUCCUCUAAUAUAUCACCACAACCAAGACCAUUAGAGAAUAAUUUCAUACGAGGUUCACCUCAAAGAAACACCUUUUCGGGUUUAACAAAGAAUCGUCAAGCUAAGAUUAUUGAUGGUAGAGCAUUGAUUCCUGCCGAAUAUCCUUUAACAAUGCAGUCAAUUUCCAACAUUAACCAUGCACAUUUCGAAUCAGCUCCUCGUAGUCAAAGUGUCUUGGACAAUAUGACUUUAGCAUCCAGGCACAGUAAGAGCAACAGAAGAGACUACGAAAGUGAUGUUGGUACGCCAGUGGUUCUCCGACGAAAAGAUAAUAAUCCAUCCGAACAGUUUGAACAUACAGAACAGCGCCGCAUCGGGGGCAUACUAACUCGAGACGAGAUAUUGCAAAAAGUCAAAGAAUUCUGCAGGAAAUCACUAAAUAAAACGCCAACUAUUCAACAACCACAAAUACAAGAGAUAAACAAGAAGCACAUAGGUCCAUCCGACUUGUCUCCGGUUUCAUAUGCUUCCGUCGAAACAAAUCAGCGUCCUGCAUCGCGGAUGUAUGCAGCUCCACAAGUUCCACAACGCCUGCAGAGCUUACCUCAACAAUUCAUUCCCAUAAAUGCCACCCAAAUAAUAAGUGAAAUAAAUCCGAACACAUCGUCGCCAAUAUACGCACAUGUGGUGAAAAGAAGCAGUUUACUUUCGAAUCACUCUGAAAUUUACGAUAGUCCACAAAAGACGAACCUAGUGCGACGAGACGCAGAAGCUCCAGCAAUGUACGUUACCCGCGGAAGUUUGCCGGCUCCCCAAUAUGUGCUUGUUGAGGGUGAUAAAUUGGUCCCUGCAACGCAAGUGAUUAGCUAUUACCCGGGGCAGAAUGACAUCUAUACACAGCCACACUAUGUGCGACCAUACAAGUUGCAACCAGUUCCGGGUGCUUAUGGCUAUAUAAGCGUCCGUGAACCUCAACCGAGACAACAGUUGCGGCCUAGGCUGCACGAUGGGCGAAGUACUCCUUUGAUACUUGAUCAUUCAAGUCAACAGACGAGUCAAAUAUAUUGGACGCAACAUAAUCAACAUGACGUUCUUCUGCCGGUUGAAAUCAGCAGUCCCCGCUAUACGCUCAAGCAAUUACAUCCUGUGCCCGCACCUAGAAUGGAAAUAUCGAAUCGUGCCAAUAUGAAAACGGUGCUCAACACGACUAGCAUUCAAAAUCAAAAGCCAGCAACAAUUGAGCGUGGCUGCACACCGACCAAUAGGCAGCAUCAGAUGCUGAUUUCAUCCGCCGAAUCGGGUGGUUUUAACAAUCAACAUCCUUACGAAUGGGAGAGUGGCUCGGAAGCGGGCGAGGUCCAACGCAUAUUGGAAAAUCCAAGAAAUAGUGACUGAAAUAAUUUCGACAACAUGAAUAAAUCAGCAGAGGGCAUCUCACAAAAGGCCACGUCAGCACCACACACUGACGACGAGUCAAUAACAACCAGUACUGAAUCGGAUUCAUU